AUGUCAGCGUACGGCGCCAUAGCCGCCCCAAAACAGCUCGGGGAGCUGCCAAUCCUCGCCUUCCCGCUCUCCACCCCUGAGCUUGCCCUCGUCACCUAUCCCGUCACAGGGGCCGAGGCCCCAGAGGAGCUCCUCAAGUAUUUGUACUCGAUCUUUUCAGACGAACUGGAUGAGGGGAUCACAUACCCACAAGAGGGGCCAUUGACUUAUGAACAAUUCGUCGCAUACUUCUUUGCGGCUACGACCAUCGUCGGCGUCAUACAACCGGUCGACUCUGAGGGCCGUGCAGAGACCUCUGGUGGACUGGAAGGCGCUCGAGCGGGGAGGACUUGGGAGGAAUCUGCUGGUGGAUGCUACUAUAUUAAACCCAACUAUCCUGGAAGAAGCAGCCAUGUGAGUUUGGAUACUGGAAAUAACGGUGGCUUUAUCGUCCCACGCAACCACCGAGGCAAGAAACUGGGACAAGCACUGGCCAAGAGCUUCUUGGAAUACGCGCCCCGCCUGGGGUACAGAGGCAGUGUCUUCAACUUGGUAUACACAACCAACGGCGCGUCUCUCGCACUCUGGUCCAAGCUUGGCUUCACCAAGAUUGGAGUCAUCCCCCAGGCUGGCCGUCUCAAGACUGGCCCCAACGGGACGGAACAGUACGUCGACGCUGCAGUCAUUCACAAGAGCUUUGUAUCAUGA